CGUAACGUCUACUUUAAAUAUCUCUAACUAUACGUCCAAUUAAAGUAUAAAAAUGCCCCACAAAAGGAUAUGCAAAUCUCAUGUGCUAAAUUUGAUGAUAAUGAUUGUACGAGAAGUUCAACAUUGGAAACUAUGUAAGAUGAUGGCUUAGCUUGUUAUAUAUUGUAUACAAAGGAAGUGAGCUUAGUACCAAAAUCAUAGAUCUUAGAAUAAUUUCUUGGGAGGUGCACUUUCUCUCCAUCUUAUCAUCUUACUUACCUUGUAGAAAUUGAGUGAGCUUCUAGUUUCUUGUGAAAUACAACAAGCUAAGUGUUACCAAAUCCCAAUAAUGGAGCAAUUUCCCCUUUUGGAAAGUGAAUUGGAGGCCAACAAGGAUUAUUAUGCAAAUCCUACACAACCCAAAACCUCCUCCACCAAGACUCUUUUUAACGGCCUUAAUGCCCUCUCAGGAGUUGGAAUACUAUCAGUACCAUAUGCUCUGGCUUCGGGUGGCUGGUUAAGCCUCAUUUUAAUCUUCAUAGUGGCAAUAGCAGCAUUCUACACAGGCUUACUCAUAAAGCGUUGCAUGGAAGAUGAUCCCAGGAUUAAAUCAUACCCAGAUAUUGGGGAGCGAGCAUUUGGGAAAAUCGGAAGAACAAUCAUAUCAACAUUUAUGUGCACAGAGCUAUAUUUAGUUGUAACAGGCUUUCUAAUAAUGGAAGGUGAUAAUCUGCACAAUCUAUUUCCAGAACUUUCCUUGGAAGCUUCUGGAAUAAAAAUAGGAGGAAGAGAAAGUUUUGUGUUGAUUGUGGCGUUAAUCAUGCUUCCAACUGUAUAUUUAGAUGAUCUUCGUAGUCUGUCGUAUAUAUCUGCAACAGGUGUGAUAGCUUCGUUUAUAAUAAUAGCAUCAGUUGUACGAGUUGCUACAUUUGAUGGGAUUGGAUUUCAUUACAAAGGAGAGCUUGUUGUUUGGUCUGGGAUUCCUACUGCUGUUAGCUUAUACGGCUUUUGCUAUUGUGCUCAUCCUGUUUUUCCUACCCUAUAUCACUCCAUGGAGAAAAAACAUCACUUCUCUAAGAUAUUAUUUCUAUGUUUCCUACUCUCGACAAUAUGCUACGCUUCUAUGGCAAUCAUCGGCUACCUAAUGUUCGGUUCAAAAGUAAAUUCGCAAAUAACUUUGAAUCUUCCAGCUGACAAACUAAGCUCUAAAAUUGCAAUAUAUACUACUUUGGUCAAUCCACUGUCGAAAUAUGCAUUGAUGUUACAACCAGUUGUAAAUGCUGCAGAAGGUUGGUUUCCAAAACAUCGUAAGAACAGAUACUUCAAAAUAAUCGUACGGACAUUGUUAGUUAUUAGUCAAGUAUUUGUAGCAUUGGUUGUUCCUUUCUUUGGUUAUCUUAUGACACUUGUUGGAGCAUUCUUAAGUCUUAGUGCAUCAAUAACUAUUCCAUGCUUGUGUUAUUUGAAGAUUUUUGGUUUUUCCUUUAAAGGUGAGAUUAUGUUAGUGAUAGGAACCAUAUUGUUAAGUAUUGUUAUUGCAAUGUUUGGUACUUACUCUUCUUUAGUACAAAUUGUAAAUGGAACUAUUGUGAAAUAGUUUUGUAUUUUUGUUUAUUGAGAAUAAAGUUAUGAAACAAUUUGGUAGGUA